AUGUCAUCUUCGGCACUGGCAACGUCAUGCAGCCAGCCGGCGGGAGUCCCGGCGAACAACAAGAAGAAGAGAGCCUACAUUGCUUUGGGCGGAAAUCUGGGCGACCGCAUUGGCUGGAUUGAAAAGGCAUGCCGCGAAAUGGACAGUCGGGGCAUCCGGGUGCUACGGACAAGCAGCCUGUGGGAGACGGAGCCCAUGUACGUGCUCGAACAGGACAAGUUUGCCAACGGCGUGUGCGAGGUGGAAACUGAUCUGGAACCGCUGGCGCUGCUGGAUCAGCUUCAGGACAUUGAGCGGACGCUUGGGCGCAAAAAGUUGAUCGACAAGGGUCCGCGCAACAUCGACCUUGAUAUUUUGCUGUACGGCAAUGAGACCGUCCAGCACGAGCGGCUCAUUAUCCCCCAUAUUGGCAUACCGGAGCGGGAAUUUGUUUUGCGACCACUUGCACAACUGGCACCCAACAUCCCAUUGAACCCGGUGCGCCCCUGGAAGCUUGUUCAGGACUACCUCAACGAGCUGCCACCACAGGCCGAGCCCCUGACUCCUUUGACACCCUUUGGCCGGUCCCAUGCGCCACUACAGGCCCUGCGUGCCAACCGCCGCACAAUCGUUAUGGCCAUCCUGAACGUCACGCCCGAUUCAUUUUCUGACGGCGGAAAGCACUCGGCCGCCGAUACAGAAUCUCUCGCCGCGCUGGCUGAGACGGUGAAAGGAUUCGUUGCAGCGGGCGCUACGGUGAUUGACAUUGGCGGCCAGUCGACGGCACCGGGCCGGCCGCAGGUGUCGGCAGAUGAGGAGUUGGCACGCGUGGUGCCGGCGAUCCAGAUGAUCCGUGCUGACCCUGCGUACGACGCAAUUGCUAUCAGCGUGGACACAUACCGGGCAUCAGUGGCCGAGGCUGCGGUGAAGGCAGGCGCUGAUAUGAUCAACGAUGUGUCGGCUGGCGAUAUGGACGCGGAUAUGCUGCCUACGGUAGCACGGCUUGGUGCCACAGUGUGCCUAAUGCACAUGCGUGGCACGCCGGAAACGAUGAGCAAGCUGAACAAGUAUGGUGCCGCUGAGGGUUCGCCGGACAGGGAAGGACAGGCUGCGACGACCAGUACCGGCAGUGUACCGAUCAUCGAGGCAGUGGCACGCGAACUACUGGUGCGUAUUGAGGCGGCCGAGGCGGCCGGCAUCCGCCGGUGGCGCAUCGUGUUGGACCCGGGCCUGGGCUUUGCCAAGGUGGGCGACCAGAAUAUUGACGUGCUGCGGCACCUAUCGGAGCUGCGCGAAUGGGCCGGCCUGGAGGGCCUACCGUGGCUGGUGGGCUCGAGCCGCAAGAGCUUUAUCGGGCGCACGACAGGCGUGGCCACGCCGGCGGAGCGCGUCUGGGGCACGGCUGCAACGGUGGCAGCAGCAGUGCAAGGCGGUGCGGACAUUGUGCGAGUGCACGAUGUGAAGGAGAUGGCACAGGUUGUUGCGAUGGCUGAUGCCAUAUGGCGGUACUAG